AUGGGCAUCGGAAGUUACUUCAAGGCGAGCAGUAAGCCCGAGCAGGCUGCGACUGCGCCGCCUCGCGCCCACAAGCCUAAACAGCCGUCAGCGGCUUCAGAGAAGCCGCCAUCAGACCGCUUUGUCGGAAACGACAUGGAGCUUCAAGCGCCCACCCCGCGCUUUAGCUCGCGUCCCCAGUCUGUCUCGGGUCGCUCCACAAAGUCUGCUGCCAGCAGCAUGUUCCUCGACGACAUUAAGCAUGAAGUCAUGGUCAACUACCUGUACCAGCAGCAGUGUUCCCACCUCUGGGUCAGCGACGGGUCUGGCGAGAUCGAGGGCGUUUUGCUGAGGAAGCACCGAGGCCAGUACAUGGCGUGCCCGCCUCAACUGGGCAGCUCUCCCUUUGCGCAGGCCGCUGCCGCCCUGAAUGUUCAGUGCGCCAUGACCGUCAACUCCCGUGUCAUCAAGACGUUCCUGCAGUGGUCGCCGGACGCCGUGGAUGUCCCCUUGAUGAACGGUCUCCGUGUGCAGAUUCUGCCCACGAUCGAGGACCUGACGCGUGCUAGGAAGCACCAGUUUGCUGCCUUUGUCGCAUCCGAAGGCCUUCUGAUCGUGUGGGACGAUGAUGCACUCCACUUGAUUCCCCGAGCCAAGGCCAUCGAGUCUGAACUCAUGGAGCUCGUGUGGAAGGCAGGGAACGAAGAAGAGGAAGAAGGCGGCGAGAAACGCGACCCGAACGUGGCUGAAGUCGAGAUUGACGAAGAGAGCGGCGAGAUCAUCCCCGAGAAGCGCCCCGUUCAUCUCAUGAACACUUGGCUUGUCACUUUCACUCUGAUUCUCGUCACCGUGGCGCUCGGCGCUGCCUGGAGGUCUCUCGCCCUCCAGAUUGCCGUGGACGGCAAUUACGUUCGUCUGGCUCUCAUCUCCCUUUUCCCCAUCCAGGUGUUCUUCACCCUCUUCUUUGCCCAGGUCAUCAUUGGCUGCUUGGCCCAGAUCUUUGGUCCCAUCCGCCAACUGACCAUCAACUCGAAGUUUUACUCUGCUCGCCCGCCGCCCAGACUGCAGGGCAAUAUCCUGCCUCAUGUUACCAUCCAGUGCCCUGUAUACAAGGAGGGCUUGGCCGGUGUCAUCGUUCCCACGGUCAAGUCCAUCAAGCAGGCCAUGUCCACAUACGAACUGCAGGGUGGCUCUGCUAACAUGUUCGUCAACGAUGACGGCCUGCAGCUUCUCUCCGACGAGGAGCGCCGCACGCGCAUCGAAUUCUACGCUGACAACAGCAUCGGCUGGGUCGCGCGCCCGAAGCAUGGCGAGGACGGCUUCAUCCGUGGCGGCAAGUUCAAAAAGGCGUCGAACAUGAACUAUGGCCUCAUGGUCUCUUGCAAGGUCGAGGAGAAGCUGCUUGCAAUCAACCGUGGCCCCGAAUGGUCGCAGAAUGACGAAGCUGAGGCGUACGAGCUAGCUCUCAAGGAGACCCUCGAGGAGAACCCUCGCGCCUGGGCCGACGGCAACAUCCGCGUUGGCGACUAUAUCCUCAUUAUCGACUCUGACACGCGUAUCCCCUCAGACUGUCUUCUCGAUGCUGUUUCGGAGCUGGAGCAAUCUCCCGACGUUGGCAUUAUGCAGUUCUCAUCUGGUGUUAUGCAAGUUGUCAACACGUACUUUGAGAACGGUAUCACGUUCUUCACCAACCUCAUCUACACAGCCAUUCGUUACACCGUCGCCAACGGCGAUGUCGCGCCCUUUGUCGGUCACAACGCCAUCCUCCGUUGGAGUGCCAUUCAGCAGGUGGGAUACUUUGACCAUGACGGCUACGAGAAGUUCUGGUCCGAAUCCCACGUCUCGGAGGACUUUGACAUGUCCCUACGUCUUCAAUGCAACGGCUACAUCAUUCGUCUCGCUGCUUGGGCCGGUGAUGGCUUCAAGGAGGGUGUGUCGCUGACCGUUUACGACGAGCUCGCCCGUUGGGAAAAGUAUGCCUAUGGUUGCAACGAGCUGCUGUUCCACCCCAUCCGCACUUGGCUCUGGAGGGGUCCUUUCACGCCACUAUUCCGCACAUUCUUGUUCAGCAACAUUCGCUUCACCUCCAAGAUCACCGUUGUCUCGUACAUUGGUACUUACUACGCCAUCGGAGCUGCCUGGAUCAUGACGGCUGCCAACUACUUCGCCAUGGGUUGGUUCAACGGAUACCUCGAUCAGUACUACAUCGACUCGUGGAAGGUCUGGUUCUCCAUCGUCAUCGUCUUCAAUGGUCUCGGUAACAUUGCUCUCGCCGUCAUGCGUUAUCGUAUCGGCGAACGCAGCCUGCUGUGGUCGCUCUUUGAAAACUUCAAGUGGACCAUUAUGCUUGCGAUCUUCCUUGGUGGUCUUAGCCUGCACGUCAGUCAGGCUCUGCUGGCGCACAUGUUCGAAAUCAACAUGACCUGGGGAGCGACAUCCAAAGAGGCCGAGUUCUCCAACUUCUUCAUCGAGGUGCCCAAGGUUCUUAAGAAGUUCAAAUUCUCGAUGAUCUUCUCUUUGACCUUUAUUGCUGCGAUGAUCAUCCUCGCUGUGGCAGAUUUCGUGCCUCACGACUGGCGUAUUACCGACUUCGUUGCCAUUCUGCCAAUGGCCACUGUCGCCGCGAGUCAUUUCCUCCUACCCAUUGCCCUCAACCCAGCUCUCAUGACUUUCUCAUGGUAA